UUGUGUACUCCUACACGGUAGCUUACCCUAUUUCAUAUACACGCCCAAUAUAUUUUCCUUUAUUUUUUGUUCCUUCCGCCCUCUUCUCCUCGUCUUCCUUGUGCUAACGCUACUGUCUAAUCCUUCCGCCUCCCACCCCAAGUAGAAGAAGAAAAUCCCAUCUCAUCUCAUCUCAUCUCUGUCUGUCCCAACCCCCGCGACCGAAUCAAACGCAGACGGAGCCGGAGUCGUAUCCCCGGAGGAGUCAGAUUUGGAGGUCGCUUCCAUCUCUGUACAUAAGGAAGGAAAUCCCGGAAGCUAUCUAUCCUCGCCCAAAUCCGUGUGGGGUUGGUGAACCGGCCGAAUUCGGGCAAGAUACGUCGAUCCCUCUCAGGCACCCCUCGUCUCUUGCCGGAAUUCCGAGAAAGCCGCCGUCUUUCGGCCUCACAGAUUCGAGAUUGGUGCGUGCCUCCGGAGCCGUGCGCACGGCGGCUGCGGCUCUGUGUGCUUGGCCGUCGAGAGAUUGACGAGGAUUUGGUGCUCUGGCUACAACUGGUGGUUGCCUUGUUUGGUGGUGUGGCUAGAAGUGCAGAUUUAAUCUGAAGAAGAAGGGGGCGUGAAGCAGAAAAGGAAAGGACAAAAAAAAGUGCAAGUUUUGGUGGGGGAACUCGCCGUGAAGAUGAGUUCCGGGUCGGCGGUGACCGGGGGCAGCAGCGCCGGCGCGGAGGGUGCGUCGGCGGCACCGCUGGGGCAGAGGCUGAUGGUGCACGUGGCGGAGAAUGGCCACAGCAUGGAGUUCGAGUGCGGAGGCGACACGCGAGUUGAUGCCAUCCAGCGCUCCAUCGAGCUCGUCUGCGGCGUCCCGCCGGGCGACCAGCUCCUCCUCUGCAACAACAUCCAUCUCAACGCCGCCAACGACCUCGCCCACUACAAUCUCCCCCGCGACGACCGUGAGGUCUUCCUCUACAACAAGGCCCGCCUGCAUGCCGAGGCUCCGCCCCCGGCGCCAGAGUCUAUUGACAUCCCUGAGCCAUCUAUUCCGCCCCAGCCCCAGCCGGAGGACACCCCCUUGGAGCUGUCUGCUGACCCGGCCUUGAAAGCACUGGUCUCUUAUGAAAUCAGGUUCAGGUAUGACUUUCACGUGGCCAAUGCGUAUUAUCACUCGAGCAAGGCCAAGUACGAGGUGUGCAACAGGCUGCUGCGCGAGUGGCAGGUGCAGGAGCGCGCUCUCGACAUGGCCAGGAGCAACCUGGAGCAAGCAUUCCGGAAGCCGUCGCAGCGCUAUUCAAACUUUCUGCGCUCCUUCACGCAGCAGCACCGCGGGUAUGUUGAGGUGCUGUCAAGUUUCGAGAGAGAUUGUAAGAGGUUGCGCGCUGUUAGGCUGCAUCCAGACCUGCAAUGCGAGGGGAGGCGCUGCUUACUGGACCUUAUGGAUGAGAAUAUACUAAGGAAGUUAGCAGAUGAGUACGUAAGCUCAUAUAAGAACUUCGAGGUUGUUGUCUCGGCACUGAAGCUUAAAUUUGCCGAGUUGAAGAAGAGGGUGGAUGGCUUGUUGAAUGCUAUGAGCUCAAGUGCAUGGAAGGAUCUGGAGGCGAUGAUAAAGGAGCAUGCGAGAGUCUUAGGUGAUCAGAAGAGCAUCAUGCAGUCUCUAAGUAAAGAUGUAAAUACAGCAAAGAAGCUUGUUGAUGACUGCUCAAGGUCCCAACUCUCCGAUUCUCUCCGGCCUCAUGAUGCAGUUUCAGCAGUUGGUCGUAUCUAUGAGGUACAUGAAAAGGAUAACUUGCCCAGUGUACAGAAGUUUGAUCACAUGCUUACAAACUUGCUUCAGAAAUGCAAGGCCAAGAAAAAUGAAACAAAUACAUUGGUACAUGUUUGUGUGAGAGGGGUCAAAUCUGCUCAAAUUGAUAUCAAGGACAUGAUAACAAAUCAGUUCAUCUUAUACGAAGAGGCGAUAGAUAGUCGAGACAAAGAAUAUUCUUAUCUGAAACUACUCGGUGGUUUGGGUCAUGCAUACAAGGCUUGUCUUGCUGAGGUAGUCCGACGAAGACAUUCUUUUAAGCUGUAUACUGGCUUGGCUGGACAGCUUGCUGAAAAACUAGCAGUAGAGCGUGAAGCGGAGAUCAGGAGACGAGAGGUUUUCCUUCGGACAUGGUGUAAGUAUAUUGGAGGAGAAAUCAUGGGUUCCAUGGGACUGUUUGGUACUCCUAGCCAGUGUGAUGUAAACAUUGCGCCGUUCGAUUGCAAUCUACUUCCAAUUGACGUUGAUGAUUUGGAAAGGCUCGCCCCCCAGUCUUUAGUGGGUUCUCUUCUGAAAUCUGAGAGAUCACAGCAAAAGUCUCAAUCAAGCGAUUCUAGUACCCCUGGAAAUUUCAGCAACUCUGAACAAAACAAUCUGAACACUGAUGGUAAGAUGGACUUACAGGAUUUUUUCGGUGGCUGUGAUACUGAUAUAACAGGGACUAGUAUAUUAGAAGUGGAGAACGCCAGAUUAAAAGCAGAACUUGCUUCUGCGAUUGCAGUUCUCUGCACUUUCGGUGCUACACCUGAAUCUUUUGAUGAAGGGGAGAAUGAUAAUGUGUUGAGAGAUGCAAGAGAAAGAACAGCUCAGGCACUUACUGCAAAGGAUGAGUAUGCCAAUCAGCUUCAGUCAAUGUUGAAGGCAAAGCAGGAGCAGUGCCUGUCCUUUGAGAAGCGUAUCCAGGAGCUUGAGGAACAAUUGGCGAAUCAGUACAUAAAUGGGCAUAUGGUUUCAGGAAGCAAAGGUGCAUCUGACUCCCUCCUUUCUACUUUUAAAGGUCAUGAUCUUGAUGCAUCUGGGGGCAGGCAAACCCAUCUGCGGGACGAAUCAAGUGUUGCCAUGGAUGAGACAUCUUCAACAUCUGAACAUCCAUCUAAACAAACAGAAGGUGGAGAUGAGAAUAUGACUGAUGUUUCAGGUGCACUGAACUUGCAAUUACUCAACUCAGCCGGAUGCACUAAUCUGGAUGCUUCCAUGGCAGAAUUUCCACGUGAUAACGAACUUAAGCCUGUCAAUAUUGAUAAGGAAGGGCGAAUACUGACUCAGCACACUACGACAGAUACUUCUGAUGUCCCUGCAGAAGAUCCUCUUAGCAUCAUAAACUCCAGAACCAAUGAACAUCAUACUUUGGACCUAAGGAACAGCGAGCUCUUUGUGUUAGAAUUGCAAAAUGCAGUAGACAAAAAAUCAAAACAGUUGGAUGAGGCGGAAAAUAAACUUAGUUCUGUGAUGGGUGAGGUUAACUCUCUGAAGAAAGAACUUGAGAAUGCCCAGGGUCUUCUUGAUGAAUCUCAGAUUAACUGUGCUCACCUGGAAAACUGCUUACAUGAGGCAAGAGAAGAGGCUCGUACCAACAAAUGCUCCGCUGAUAGAAGGGCUGUUGAGUAUGAUGCUUUGCGGUCAUCUGCUCUGCGGAUACAUGGCCUGUUUGAAAGACUAAAUAACUGUGUCACUGCACCAGGCAUGUCGGGCUUUGCAGAUUCUCUGCGAUCCUUAGCCCUCUCCUUAGCAAGUUCUGUAAAGAAGGAUGAAGCUGAUUCUACCAUUCAGUUCCAGCAAUGCAUCAAGAUCCUUGCAGACAAGGUCGGUUUUCUGUCACGGCAGAGUGAUGAGCUGGUAGAACGCUAUUCAAGGAUGGAAGCGGCGCAUGGAAUUCUCGUAAGAGAGUUGGAGGAAAAGAAAACACUGCUCAACAAUCUAUACAACAAACUUCAACUGGAAAAACAGGCCAGCAAGGAAAAAAUAUCAGUUGGCCAUUUUGACGUCCACGAGCUUGCGGUCUUUGUCCGGAACCCUUCUGGGCACUACGAGGCAAUCAACCGGAACCGCUCCAACUACUUCCUCUCCGAGGAGUCUGUGGCCCUGUUCACUGAGCCCCAUCUUCCUCGGCAACCUGCCUACAUCAUCGGCCAGAUUGUGCACAUUGAGCGACGUGCAGCGAAGCACGUCGACCAGAAUGAAGCUUCAUUACGCCCUGGCGGGCACCGGCGGUCCAUGCCGAACAGCAACCCGUACAGCCUGCCAGCAGGCUGCGAGUACUUCGUGGUGACGGUGGCGAUGCUGCCGGACGCUGCCCGCUGAAACUAGGACACCUUCCUGAUCCUGCUGCCUAGACAUGGCUGCUGAAAUGAAGGGAGAAACUCUCAAUUGUAUAUAUACAGUCACUAUUUGAAUUAUGGGUUUGCUCAGUUGCCGCUUCGUAUGACUUUGCUACCUACCUUGUACAUAGUGCCCGGGUUCCUCGUGUAAAUAUGACUCCUCGACUGAUGCUAUCAUCUUUGUUCGUACUAGCAGACUGAAUAAUAAUAAUAUACGUUCACUUUGUUCA